AUGCGGCGCCGCGCGGGGGUCUCGGCGCUGCCGAGCGCCGCCCUCGCGCUGCAGCCGUUGCUGCCGUUGGUGCUGCUGCUGCUGCGCUGCGGCGCGGCGGGGGCGGCCGCGCUGCGCGACCGCCCGCAGCGGGGGAACGAGAGACCCAUCAUCGGUAUUUUGUCACAGGAAUGCCACUUUAAGGAGUUACACAAGUUUGGAAGUUCAUAUAUUGCCGCUUCAUAUGUUAAGUUCUUAGAAUCUGCAGGUGCCCGAGUUGUUCCAAUAAGAUUAAAUCUUUCAGAUGAAGAGUAUGAUAAACUAUUCCACUCCAUCAAUGGGGUGCUUUUCCCAGGAGGAGGUGUGGAUCUUAGGACUUCCAAAUAUGCCAAGGUUGCUAAGAUUUUUUACCAGAAGGCACUGGAGGCUAAUGAUAAAGGAGAUUAUUUUCCAGUAUGGGGAACGUGUCUUGGACACGAAGAACUGACCUAUCUCACGAGUGGCGAAAUUUUGCUUGCUAAUACUAAAACAAAUGGAUUUGCGUUACCUCUGAACUUCACCUCAGGUGCAAAAAACAGCAGGUUAUUCAAGAAUUUCCCUGAUGAUAUAUUACAUGCAUUUGCUACCGAACCAUUGACAUCAAACUUUCAUGUGUGGAGCCUGUCCAUGCAGAAUUUCACAAAGAAUGAGAAGCUACGUAACUUCUAUAAUGUUCUGACCACUAACACCGCUGACCAACUAGAGUUUGUGUCUACCAUGGAAGCGUACAAAUACCCAAUUUAUGGUAUCCAGUGGCAUCCAGAGAAAAAUGCUUAUGAAUGGAAGAACUCAUCAGGCAUUCCACAUUCCCCAUUGGCUAUAAGAGCAGCAUAUUACAUGGCUGAGUUCUUCAUUAACGAAGCCCGGAGGAGCUUGCACAGCUUUCCCACUAAAGAAGAAGAAACAAAAGAGCUGAUUUAUAAUUACAGUCCAACUUACACAGGACCAUUUUCUUCAUUUCAACAAAUCUAUUUUUUUGAUUGAGUAUCUGUUCAAAGGUGCUGCGUUGCUAUUUGUAAAAGGAAUUAUUUGUUGGGAUUUCAUAAUUAAGCUCAUAUAAUACACUGYAGCUUAGAGAUUUUUCCUGUGUUUCUUUUGUGCUAUUGAAUCAUUAAUCUAAAAAUUUAUAUUUCUUAAGUUAAUAAUUGUCCUAGAUCACACUUAGAUACAAGCCACAGGUUUUUGGUUUUUAUUUUUGUUUUACUUUUUUUUUUYCUUCAGGGAAGACUUAAUUAUUUUCAUUCUUAAAAUGAUAUAAGGUAGGAAACUUUUGGUCUUAGGCUGAUCUUAUGUAAAUAUGUAUGUAACUCAAGUCUUGAUAAGAACUAGGUUGUUACUUGAAAAAAUGAUCAAGUGAUAAGGAAGCAUUAUAACAAAAAGAUAUAAAAAUGACAUUUUACCUACCAUUCAUGAAGCUUUCCGCAGUACAUUCAGCAUCUGUUUUAGGCAUCCUUAUACUUUGUGGUCUACAUGAGUAUGAGAAUGCAGUGUAAAUUAUGCAUUGCAAACAUAGGAUAAAAUAAAUUUGGAAGGCAUAGUAAGUGCUGAUUCCUCAUUCUGUUCUUCUGUAAUUCACUUUCAUGAAUCCCCCAAGAAUUUGUUUGAAAGUWACUGGAAUCAGCAGAAUGAUGUGAGAUGAAGACCUGCACUUGCUUGUAUUUAAGCUAAUAAUUUAUUUCGUUGUUCCUGCAGUUUAAUGUAGCUGGAGUUCAAACUGCAGAUGAAUUUAUCUGAAAAAAUCUAUUAAUGUUAGCGUGAUGUGAGAAUAGCAGUGAGUACACAAAUUCAGUACACUCGUGCCUUUUUUUAUUGUUUUUUUUUUGGUCUGCUACUUGCUUAGUGACAGUUUUCUUCAGUCAUUUUGUGUGGGGUCCAAGAGGGAACUAAGAUGAGACAAUCAAAUAUAACUUUCCUGUAUUGUUAGUGUCAGUGGGAAUUGGAAGUUUAUGAAAAAUCAGUCUGUACCUCAGCUGUCUGUUUGGCAGAACCUUACACUCCGAACUGCCACAGCUGAGUGAAGUGGGUAUAUUUCUCAGGUCAAUGAAGUAAAGGAUGCACUAACUUAUUCUUCAUAACCAAACAACUGCAAGGACAAURUGAAAUGCAUUACUUAAAAUAGUUUGAAUAUCAAAUAGUAAAAGGAAAAAUAACUGUGAAUACUGAAAAGACACUGUUGUGUGAUGACAAACUUACCAUGUGAACAAGAGAAAGURGCCUCAAACUGCACAGGGGAGGUUCAGGUUAGACAUUAGAAAGAAUUUCUACAUGGAAAGAGAAGCCUAGGAACAGGCUGCCCAGGGCAGUGGUGGAGUCCCUGUCCCUGGCGGUGUCCAGGAAACAUGUGGAUGAGGCACUUAGAGACAUGGUUUAGCAGGCAGGAUGGCGAUGGGUUUGUGGUUGGACUUGAUCAUCUUGAAGAUCUCUUCCAACCAUAACGAUUCUAGGAUUCUGUGAUUCUGUGUGAUGUUACAGGCAUUCACCUGAUUAGCCAAAAUCAGUAAAUGGAACUCUCUUYUUAAUUGACUUAAUUAUAUUAACUAUGUUAUUAGAUUCUUGACUAGAACCARUGUAAAAAGAGAAUCAUGGUCCCAGGCUGCAUGUAGAUAGAGCAACCAAAGUGCUUAUGAACCAAGGCCAGUCUUCCAUUUCU